AUGUCUUCUGAAAUGGGACCAAAACAAGCCGGACGAUCGGUACGUAUUUUAUUAGUCGGCGACAGGGACGUUGGUAAGACAUCGAUCAUAUUGUCCCUGGUCAAUGAAGAAUUUUUGGAUGAAGUGCCCGGCAGGUCUGAAACAAUAACGAUUCCUGCCGAAGUUACCCCUGAAUUGGUGCCUACAGAUAUUAUCGAUUACCACGAGAAUGAACAAGAUAAUGAAGAAUUAUGCGAACAGAUACGGCAUGCAGAUGUGAUUUGCCUGGUAUUUUCUGUGGUAGACGAUUCUAGCCGACAAAACAUUAAAGAUAAAUGGAUGCCAUUAUUAAGAGACUGUCAACUAAACAGUGAUAUAUUUCACCCUGUUAUAUUGGUGGGAAAUAAAAGCGAUCUCAUCAAUAGCAUUUCAAUGCAUCUUGUCGAAGAUGUUUUAUAUGAAUAUCCUGAAAUAGAAACCUAUGUUCAAUGUUCAGCAAAAAUGUUAAUGAAUAUUAGUGAAAUGUUCUGUUACGCCCAGACAGCAAUUCUACAUCCCACAGCUCCAUUAUAUUCUGUUGAGGAUAAAAUUCUUACUGAAAAGUGUAAAAGAGCUCUAUGUCGUAUAUUCAAAAUCUGUGACGUAGAUAAUGAUGGACUGCUUAAUGACGAAGAACUAAAUAAUUUCCAGCGACAUUGUUUCGAUUGUCAUUUGCCUUUACAACAACUGAAUGGCAUCAAAACUAUUAUUAACAUGAAUUGUGAACGUGGGAUUUCACCAUCAAACUGUGUCACUCUAGAAGGUUUUUUGUUCCUGCACAUGUUGUUUAUACUUAAAGGAAAAUCACAAACUACCUGGACUGUGAUUAGAAAAUUUGGGUACAAUGACGAUUUAAAUUUUUCAUACAGCUAUCUUCAUCCUAACUUAAAAAUUGAUAAAUAUUGUACCAUAGAGUUAUCUCAUAAAGGUGAACACUUUUUGUCGCGCUUAUUUGAGACACAUGAUAAAGAUAAAGAUGACUGCUUGAGUCCAGUUGAGUUGAAAUCAUUAUUUUCCAUGUGCACAGAAGACCCACAACUUUUAAGAAAAUGCAUAUAUAAUACAAAUCAUAAAGGAUGGAUUACUUCACAAGGGUGGCUGUCUUUUUGGUCUUACUGUACUCUGGUUGAAUCCGAUACUACAUUAGCAUAUCUAGCCAUGCUAGGUUAUAGCAUGAAACCAGAAAACCAACUUUCAGGAAUUCAAGUUACUAGGAGUAAGCAAAUUGAUUUGCAGAAGAAACAGUCUCAGCGAUCUGUAUAUAUUUGCCACGUGAUUGGAAGUAAGGGGAGUGGCAAGUCAACAAUAUGUAAAAGACAUGUCAAAACUGCAAAAAUUGAUAAUUGCUUUGAGGAUGCUGAGGAUAUAACAUCAGUAAAUCGUGUUCAAGUGUAUGGCCAAGACAAAUAUUUGGUUCUUAAAGAAAUUAAGCCAAUUAGUGAAAAUCAUUUGACUAAAAAUGACAUUAAAUGUGAUGUGGUAUGUCUAGUAUUUGAUUCUUCGCAGAGUUGUUCAUUUGAAUAUACCGCACAUGUAUAUUUGAAAUAUUAUCAGAGCAGAAACAUUCCAGUUCUGAUUGUAGCAAAUGACAAAGGUAGGCCCUUAAUGAAACAAGACUACAUAUUACAACCAGAUCAAUUUUGUAAACAAAACAGAUUAUCAUCACCGUACAUAUUUAUAAAUUCCAAUGAAGGAAAAAAACUGUACUCAAAUUUAGCAACAAUGGCUUCCCUUCCACAUAAAUACAGUCCAAAUCAGUCUAGUAUUAUACCAAGUUUACGAGAAUCAAUUUUAUUCAUCUGGAAAACAGGCAUUGGCGUGGCCAUGGUAGCUCUGUGUGGUGUUUUGGUUGGUAAAUGUCUAGUGAAAUCGAAAAAAGAUCUGUUGAGUUAA